AUGAUGAAGAAUUACCUUAAACCUGGUUUGGCUCACUACUGGGAGCUUGCCUUUGUACUGAGUCUGCUAACAACAUGCCAAUCAUAUACGCUAGAAGGCGACAAUGUUUGCUACCGAUAUGAGAGCUUUACCGAAACUGAAACAAUUCCACGAAAUCAAACGGUACAGGUCCUGACGAGACAAUGGUGUCUGGAAAUCCCUCCAAGAUGCACUUCCUACCGGACGGAGGUGAAAGAAGUGUUCGUUAAACAGAACGUUACCAAGACGCGAAGGGUGGAGUUUUGCUGCGAGGGCUAUCAGGAGCAGCGUACCGAUAACGGCACUACGGCGGAAUGCCGCCCGAUAUGCCGCGGUGGAUGCAUCCAUGGCGUGUGUCAGGCGCCGAACGUUUGCAGCUGCGAGGCUGGUUUCGCCGGAAAACAUUGCCUGCAGCGAUGUAGGAAUGGUACCUGGGGCGUAAACUGCCGACAUCGGUGUCACUGUCAGAACUAUUCACAUUGUGACACUAAAACCGGUCACUGCCGGUGCGCUGACGGAUGGAUGGGAAAAUACUGUGAGACCCCAUGUCCGGAAGGAACGUAUGGGACGAUGUGUGUCAGUAAGUGUAGUUGUAGUGGCAGACUUUGCCACCCGCAGACGGGCCUUUGCCUGCCGGUCGAUGAGGUCGUCAUGUUUGAUAACAUUACCCGUACGGUGGAGAACAGUUUCUCCGCCGAAAGUACGGAGCGCAUUUCGGCGGAGCAGUGGAUCAAGGUCGAUAAUGAUACCAUUAUGAGGGAAAGCAGUAUAACCACUACCUCGACUACCGUUAGCAGUAGUAGCAGUAGUAGUAAUAGUAGUAGUAGUAGUAGUAGCCCUUCUGAACCAUAUACCACACCCAGUACUACCAAAGCAAACGGUCAAAUUCUUUCGAAUGCAACAUACGCCGAAUCGUACCACGAAUAUCUUCCGAACAACACCGAGAUGAGCAUGGUCCUAACCAAGGGACAUUCGCGAUCGGCCAGCAAUGAGAGUAUGUACGAACUCGUUACAACCACUUCCCGGGUGGAAAUCACCUUCAUAGACACCGCAGUUAAAAAGAUCGAAGAUCCCACCAUAGUGCAAGAUAAUGUUACGUACGAGGACGCAGCGACAUCCAUUACCGACAGCUCCAACGAUACCGACACUCAGCUAGUCUACCUCGAAUCCGGGAACCAACCCGUUCUGGUGGGAAUAUCCGACGAUAGUGACGAUCAUACGCGUGGUCAGCAAAAUGAAGCGAACGAGCGACAAGCGAUCGUGACGAUCUCCUUCCUGGUGAUCACGCUCGGUCUGCUGAUGUCGGUCGUCUUUUACAUGAAGCGCCUCAACCGGAACACAUUAUCCAAACCGACGCCAACCGCACCACCGGUGAAGAUCGUCGAUGGAAGUGUCCAGACCGGGAACGACUCAAACCGAUCGUCCGAUCCGCUGCCAGAGUUGCCGCAAGUUACCUACACCAGGGUACAACCAAAACCUCUGCGAAAUGGAAACAUUGAACACUACGACGUGCCGGUGAACAACAGUUUUAUACAUCGCGCAAAGAAAGCCUCCCCUUACAACUACAACUUUUCCGCAAACAGUAAAACACCGCCGAGAAAAUACAGUCUCGAACAUAUCUACGAUGAAAUUCAGUAUCCUCCACUGUCGGAGGUGUCCAGCACAACUGAUAAGACGGAGGAGACGGAUGAGACUGAUGCAAAUUACUCCAAACCGAUGGUGGCCAACUAGAACGUAGUUGUAGGAUUGUUUUGUAUGCAAU